AGUUGUUCCGGACUGCGAAGGAGCGCUUGCAUGCUGUGGGAUUGAGCCAGGAACUGGAGACUUCUUCGAGUGCGUCAGGAACUACCACUGCGUGCCUGUUUGUCCUCCAACAGGGUGUUGUUAUGGCAACACUACAGUCGACUUCGGUGAGGUGAUCGCAGAAUAUCCGGAGAAGUGCUUGAAGCUCACUUGUCAGAUGCAGAACAUAACUGAAGCACCCUAUAUUGCGGCUUCUAUCGUGGAGGAUUCCAUGGACAACUGCGGCUGCUGCAGCUUGGGUGGCGAGCUGUAUGAGAACGGCCACCUGCUUACUGACGACAACCAAUGUAUAGCUGUGAGAUGCGUGGAUGGCGAGUGGACCAAUGAGAACUACAUGAACAGUAAUUGCCGGAUCUGCUUUGUGCAGGAUCCCUUGGAAACAGUCGCUACUUUUGAUGGCACAGCAUAUACCCACAGCGACCCUGAAUGCAGUUACUCGCUAGUGCAGGAUGGCCUUGGCUCCAACCCCGAUUCUUACGUUGGCAUCGACAUACAACCUGGCGCUCUCGACGGCCAAUAUACACACGAAACCCUCAUCUUCAAGGACGACGGAGCUGAGGCUGUGACUUGCCCGGCCGAUGAUCCCGUUAAUGGCUGCAGUUUCGGGCCCGUCACCGCCGUCCCGACGGAGAUCGGCUCCUCUGGCACCCUGGCCUUCACGUACAUGAUGGGCAGCCUCCAGUUCACGGCGCUCAUGGGAUCCAAUGGGAUUACAACGCUGUACUCACAGAACUCGCUCCUCGUGCUCGCGCCCAUCAGCAGGCAGGACGAGCUGUACGGCCUCUGCGGCGCCUUCAACGGGGACGUCGCCGACGACUUCACGACCAGCGACGGCGCGGUCACCACCGACACGGCCGAGUUCACGACGUCAUACCAGAUUGACUGCCCCGCCGCACGGGCUGACUCGAUCCGCAUGCAUCCACCCAUGCCUAAGCCCGACGUGUGUGCAGAUGAAGCACCCGAAGACAUGGACAUGUAUAAGGAACACUGCCACAUGCUGGCCGAGGCGUACAACAUGACGAGGCCCAUGCUGGAGGCGUCGACGCCGUCCACCGCGACCGCCAUGCCGAUGCGCCCUCCCAGGAGAUGCAUGUGUGUGGACUUCAUGUGCCGGUGCAACGACGAGCACGAGCCAGAGGUCUGCUUCUUCUCGCUGGAGAAGAUACAAGAGCUGGCGCACGAGAUGGCGGAGAGGGCCAGGUCGCCCGACGAGAUCAAGCACCUCCUGGAGUAGCGUCCCUGAGAGCGGCGGCGCGAGGGCGCCUCUGCGCAGGCACCGACCGACGCCGCGGCUUCAUGGGCGACCCGAAGGCCUGUCGGCGCACGAAUCAGUUCUUGAAUUUCAGGGCUUCCGACAAGCCUCGGCGAUUGCGUAAUCUGAACCCAAUAAAGAGCAGCAGCGCCA